AUCACCCUGUUUCUGCUCAACUCUCCCUUCCUCGCACUUUCUCCAAGUCUAUGCAGCACGUUGUCCAGCGUUCCUGCAUCUCUAAAAGUCUCUCUUAGUGCUUUAAAAACACUCCAGACUGCACCAACUUUCUUGACAUUACACUUGGAUUUACCAAAGGAAUGAACAUUUAAGAUGAUGUUUAAUUGUUUUGUGGUUUUUUGCUUCCUAAUUAGAUGAUUCAAGCGUCAAGGGCAAUGAAGAAGAUCCAACCUUUCACUAUCGGGACCAAGUUGUCUGUCCCGUCUGAAACUAAAUGUCUGGAUUAUGUGGGCAUCAUCCUUCCUGGUGCCAUUCUGGACUGCUGUGAGUUGAACGAUGAAUCUAAUGGUUGUCCAUCUUCACCUGUGGAGGGGCUUUCAGAGGAUAUUAAAGAUGAAGAUGAGAGGGAUUCUCCAUCACCGUCAGCUUCAUCUAGGUCUAUCAGAAAGAUUGCGAUGUGUGCAAACACGGAUGGUCAGGUCGACUGCCAUGUCACUGAUUUUAACGGGACAAACUGUGAGAGGAACAAGCCAAACACGUCUACUGAAAAGCUGUUUCUGGUUGAGGAAGGACUGAGUGACAAGUUUGGUGAACAGCUUGAGUCUGAUCCAUGGGCUAAAGGAAGAAAAAUAAGGAACCUGCAUUACGAUUACCGCAUGUCGGCCUUCCCACACGAUCAACCCGAGGACACGGCUCACGGCCAAAGAAGAGACCUUAAAGACAUUGAGAACUCUCUCAUCCAGCUGACGGCGAGUCUGGACAUGUUGCAGGAAGAACCAGAAAGACCUCUUCCGAAAAGCACAGAUGCUGUGGAUUUAGGAUUGGAAACAUUUUGUAAAAGGCAAACCCAAAGGGACCACACGGACAAAUCGUGGCUGAAGUUGAGGUCACUGCUAAGGGAUUAUCAUCAAGAUCUCAUGCUGGCUCUAGACGUCUCUUCGUUUUACCAACAAGCUGACAGCAUCAUUGGUGCCAUUAACUGCAAGAGGAGCUGUGUGUUGGCAGGCGAGAUCCAAAAAAGUGACAAAGAGACCAGAGAAAUUGCCUGUCAGAUCAACAUGCUGAAUGAGUGUGCGUCUCGCCUGUCAACUCUCCACCCAACACUGGCCAGAAGAGUUACAUGCAAACAGGCCGAGGUGAAGGAGAACUGGGCACUUCUCCAGGAGUUCCUCUGGAACCAGAAGACAGAUGUGUCUUCUAAACGCCCGUCGACUUUACCCGCUGAUACUUUAACCACAUGCCCUGACUCACAGAACUUUGCUAGAAACGAGGGUCACAGCGUAAUGGGAAAAGACGUCAAAGAGGAGCAAAACCGUCUCCGAGGAUUUGAGUGCUCUCAAGGUCUGUGGGCUCAUGGGACGUGGAGUCCAGUCGAGGAAUGCUCUGAAGGCAGUCGAGGCUCAUUGUCAGAGAGCAGCUGUUCCAAGCUGGACCAUAUUUCUGAAAAACAAGAUAGGAAGAGCUGUAUCAGCCAGAUGGCUCAGACAAGCUCUCAAGGAUUUCUCGUACCCAGUAAGGAGUUGACAGCAUCCACUGCAAUGAACGAAGAGCAUGACUGCUCAAAGCCAACACAAGACCACAAGAUAGAGGAGCUCCUAAGCCAGGUGGAGGUCCUCUGGGAUGCUCUCCAAAAGAAAUAUGGAGAAAACAAUGAGAACGAACCAGCAAAUAAAGAACAAACUGGAUUUAAAGCCGCACAUAUGGUUUCAGAACUCACACUUUCUAACCAUCCCCCAGAAAAUGAAGAGGAAAGCGGCUCAGGAAUGCUUGAGAAGUUUCUCGAACUUCUGGAUCCCAGUGGUUAUCACCAAAUGAGUCAGGGUGUUCCUGAACUCUUGCAUGGGGAAGAAACGGCUGAGGCUGCAGAAAUGGCAGAAGAUAUAUUGAGCCAUCAGACUGAUCAAGAAUGUUUCCAGAAACAGGACCAGACCACUGAUGAGCUACAAACAUUGCUAUCUACUCUAACACUGCGGACAAACCAGCACGUUUGUCGCUGUGCAGAGCUCAGUAUGGACAUCCUGGACACAGAAACAGAUAUGGCUAUGCUUUGCGACUCUGAAAUCAGUGGUCUGGAGGGGCUACAGGAGCAACAGGACGACCUAGAGGCUCAUUAUAAUAUCAUUGAGGGAGAGGUAAAAGAGAUGGAGAAAUUAGCCAGCCAGCUACAAAUUCUUCCCCCAGAGCAGAGAGACCCUCUCAGGGAAGAAGUUCAGGUGAUACUGCAGGCUUGGGAGGAAGUAGGCCGCAACAUGGCUGAGAACAGAGGACGCCUGGAGAAAUUCCACCAGAUUCAGGAUUAUUUCGAAAGCUAUCUUGGCAUGAUUGCCUGGACAGAGAACACCAGAUCUUGUAUUCUUGCUGGCAGUUCUGCUUGGAGAGAGAGUGAAGUUGCAGAGAUUGAUCGCAGCAUUGAAACAAAGCUGGCUGAGUUUAGCAGACUGGCUGCAGCUGGUCAACGGCUUAUGCAAGAUGAGAAUCAGUUUAAAGACAUUAUCAAGGAGAGAACAGAUGAGUUGCAAAGCAUGCUGGGAUGGAUCCAGGUGAACUGGCACACUCAAAAAGAGCAGCUUGACCAGGAUGAGAGAGGAGAGCAAACUAAUGAACCUGUUCAACAGCAGGCUAUUCCUUUCAAAAAUCCUGUCUGCUUUUUAAAUGGAGAGGUCAAAGGAAGUACUAUUGAAACACGGCCAUCUCAAAACAACUUGGAGCAGCAGAUUGGAAAGCAUGAUGCGUCCAGUGUGGUUAGUCAAGAGGCCUGUCUUUCAAAGACAUCCCUAGGCUCAAGCAUCUGUCUCAUUUUGAGCUUUGAUGAACAGUCUUCAGGCAUCAACCAAGUGACAAAGCAAUGGUCACCCAACAACAACAACGAAAUACAGGAAGAGCAAACAAGCAGUGUCCAGACAGACAUACAUCAACCACAGGACAAAAACGCAAUGCAAAUACAACCGUUACAAGAAUUGCUUCAGGCCAAAUGGCUGAAUGAAUCAGUCAUGACUAAAGAGACAAAACAAAUGACAUCUUGUGGGAAUCCUGAGCAAAACAAAAACCAAGGGAAACCAGUCCGGUCACCAAGCAAACAGAAAACAUUAAGACUAAGUAACACUGAAUCAUCAUUUUGUAACCACCUAACAGAGAAUUUGCAGUCCGUCAUCCGAUCUAAUCUGCAGUUAUCACCAGACACUGAUCCCGUAUCAGUCAUACAUCCAACCCAAAACCCUCAAUCACCAAGCAACAACCAAGAAUCUACUGGAAAAUCUGCACACGACAAUCUUGAAACAAACCAAAGUGACGAGCACCUGCGGCACGAAGUGGCAGCUGAAGUCACUCACAGAGUGUUCACAUAUUUGCAUGUCUCGGAUAGUUACAGACCCCCAGGCCGAGUAUCAGAGGUCAUAUCCCCACCACGUGCAGAAGGUCAGGACUUUACAGCCUCAGAUCAUUCGUCCUCCUUCCUUUCGCAAAAUCUCACACCUGAGGGAGGAACAGUUUCCAGUCACAACAGAUUCAAGGCAUGUUCUUUGUUCAAGCUGAAAGAGCCGAUCAAAAGUAAAGAAAAAGAUCUGCGGAGGAACUCUACGCUUGGAUUGGAAGGGUCUGGCAAACCUCCAAGCAUUUUCAGGCGAAGGUGUAACACUUGGCCUGAAGGAAAACAGAGAGCGCAAGAAAGUCAGUCAACCUCCAAACUUCAGGUUUUUAUUAAACGAAACAUGUUACCAGUGGAUUCUGUCAUCGACAACAAAUCCAAUCCUUUUCCAGAAGACUAUUUGCCUAAUGCUAUCAAGACUUCAAGUGGAGCAGUUAAAAACAUCUGCUCUUAUUUGUCUCUAGGAUCCACUCUUAGUUUCAGUCUUCCCAAGCGGUUCGACAGAAAUGUCUUAGACAUGGAAAAUAAAAGUGAGAUUGAACCUGUCCAUAAUUAUGAUGACCAAACAACUCAGUCUCUACAGUCAGAACAUGAGAUUGAACCAGUGACUCAUAUGAAACAAACUGAACCAACCCUCCAUACAGUAAAUAUCGAAGAUUUGGAAAAUACAGAAGUAGUACAGACCCAACAGUUGAGCAAAAGUCAUGAAAGCACAGUCUCGAAGGUUUUCAAAUCAGUUGAAGGUGAAGAACUAGAUCUUCCACCUUCUACUCAACAUAUAGUUUCUCCUCCAGUGAUCAAUGGCUCCAAUUCAGUCACACAAUGCAGGACUCUGUGUCCCUCAUCGUUUGAUCACAACUGUUUUAGCGUUUACACCAAAAUAAAAGACCUGAAUGGCCAUUUAUUCCACUCGUCCAAAUACAUGAAGGUAAAUCCCAAUGGCCUGAGCUCCAGUAAGAGUGGGCGUAUUAUAAACUGUGGUGUACAAGACUGUGCAGUGUGUGUUAUUGAUACGGAGAAAGCGGACAUCUGCAUGGAGGAGCUUCUUCAGCCUGGACACUGGCUAUUCCAGCAAGAGGAAGAGGAACUGGAAGAUAUCUGGAGAGGAAGAGUAGGAAAUCUCCAUUCAAACUAUGCUGAGAAAACUGUGCACGAUGAAAAAACAGAGCUAUCAAUCAAAGCCAGCACGGCGGGACAGGUCUCCCACCCUCUCCAUGGAUGAUGAGAUGGCUGUUUUGAACAUGUAACCAUGUCACAUUUUCUUUUUUGGCAAGAUUAUUUCAUGAAUGGGUUGGUUUUGGACACCUCACCAUUUUGUCUGCUGUACAUUUAAUAAGCUGUACGUGUAUUAUUGAAGUUUGGUUAUAUUCUUCUAUGUAUCAACUAACAUUUAAAGGUUGAAACAUGUAAUGCAAAACGCAAGGAAAUAAAUUAGAAAUUGUUAAUGGUCACCUCCAGAUGGCGCGCUUGUCCCACAUUAACAAACACAGAGGAAGGGUCAACGUGUACAAUAAAAAGGCACAUCUGUGCACACCCAUUUACAGCCAAACAACACAAUCAGCUGCCCCAUAGAUCUCAUCCUGCUGAAGCACAGUGCAAAUAAUAACAAGAAAAGGCCUGCAUAAGAAUUACACUCACAUUUAUUACCAAACUAUCACAGUACAUCUGAGAAAACACUUUGUACAUCACUAUCAUGGAACAUUUAUGCCAUUAAAAGGAUUAUUCAUGCA